UGCUCGUAUUUCUGUUACAUAUUGAAGGAACUGAUUCCAUAAUCAGAGCCAGUUUGUUGUGUUUCUGUGACUCAGACACAGCUGAACUCUGAAGUCAGGAUCUCGGAGCCUCAGCACGAUGAGCCGUCCGCAGGGAUACAUCGAAGGUGAAGUUUUUGACUCUCGGCGUGUAAAAUCAAACAGAUGGACGAAGCUCUCCGCAGAGAAGCUGGCCCUGAUGGCUCUCUGUCUCCUGCUGGCCUCGGCUCUCGUUGUCACGUAUCUCUUGUUUGAGCUCCUGAAAAUGAGGGAAAUGCUCCGAAACCUUGAAGUGCAGCUGGAAACUGUAAAAUCUGAAGUCACAGAGCAACUGCCUGAAAUCCAACCAUGCCCUACAGUGCAGCACACAUGUCCUCCACAUCCUGAAGUAAAAAUGAUAACAAAACCGUGCAGCACAAUACAGCCUACAACCCCACAACCUCCUGAAGUAACAAAUGAUCCAUGUAAUAAAUGUGAAGCAGGCUGGGAGCAUCAUGGAGGAAAGUGCUAUCAUUUCUCCAUCAGUAAAUCCUCCUGGAACAGGAGCAGAGCUUACUGUAGAGCUGAAGGAGGAGACCUGGUUAAGAUAGACAGCAGGGAGGAGCAGAGAUUUUUGACAAUAACCAUGAAGAGAAAUUACUUCUGGAUUGGCCUGACAGACUCAGCAGAAGAGGGCAAUUGGAUGUGGGUGGAUGGCUCACCACUGAAUGAAAGUUUGACAUUUUGGUUCGUUCAUGAGCCAGAUGAUUGGACAAACGAAGAUCCUGAUGGAGAGGACUGUGCAAGGACAUCACCUAUUUAUUGGUUUGAUAAAUCCUGCAAAGCACCUCAAAGAAGUAUUUGUGAGAAACCAGCAGUGGCUCUAUGUGCUUAA